AUGCCUCGUCAACGAUCCGUCGGCCGCGCUCCUUCGCGCCCUACCGCUGCUGCUUCGGCUCCUAAGCCCCAGCAGACUCGCCCUGCCGCCACCCACGCUGCUCCUCCCGCUACUACUCCCUCCGGUGCCCAUCCUCCUCCUCAGGCUGCUGGUUCUCAGGGCCCUGGACUGUUCGGUCAGAUGGCCAGCACUGCUGCCGGUGUCGCUAUCGGUUCCUCAGUAGGCCACGCCAUCGGUGGUAUGUUCGGCGGCUCCUCCGAGCCCGCUGCUGCCGCUCCCGUCCAGGCCGCCGCUCCCCAGGAGCAGUCCUGGAACCAGAACAACUGCGCCGGCGUCGCCCAGAACUUCACAAAGUGCAUGGACGACAACAACGGAAACAUGCAGAUCUGCAACUGGUACCUUGAGCAGCUCAAGGCUUGCCAGGCCGCUUCCAGCCAGUAA